CAAGCGGAUGUAGACAAUCACAAUCAUAAUAAAGACAAAAUGGUUUGGUUUUACGACAUUUAUACUCUCUUGCUCUUUGCCUUGUUUACUUAAAACUUGGGUAGAUUAUGGGGGGAAGUUCAAGUAAACUAUCUGCAGACGAGAUAAAAGAGCUACAGAAAGUUACUUAUUUCGAUAAAAGAAUUACAAAAUGGUAUCGUGAUUUUAUGAAAGAUUGUCCAUCGGGGGAAUUAAAACAGGAGGAGUUCCAAAAGAUCUAUCAACAGUUUUUUCCUUUUGGUAAUCCGACGUCUUUUUCCAAUUUUGUCUUCAAGGUCUUUGAUAAAAAUUCGGAUGGGUCAAUUAGCUUUGGUGAGUUUAUUACCGCGCUGUCUAUCACGUCUAGAGGAAGUUUAGAUGAAAAGUUGGAAUGGGCAUUUUCGCUUUAUGAUUUGGAUAGGGAUGGCUACAUUACCCGUGCGGAGAUGUUGAAGAUUGUCGAAGCUAUUUAUCUUAUGGUCGGGAAUUUAGCAAAUCUACCUCAGGAUGAAGACACUCCUGAGAAACGAGUUGACAAAAUUUUCAAGCAAAUGGACAAAAACAAAGACGGUCGGUUAACGAUGGAGGAAUUUUGCGAAGGAUCAAAAUGCGAUCCGUGGAUUGUUCAGGCUUUAGCUAUUGAUUUACCUCAAGAUGUGGAUCAAGCUGAAACAGAUAGUUAAUCUUACAUAUAGGUCCCGUCUAUUUAUUGAAAUGAAGACUAUUUAUAUAUUAACAUGCCACGUCAGUAUGUAUGUAUCUUUUUAAAUUAUUCACUGAUACAGUGAAUAUUCUAGAUCUCCUUCAAGGCGAUAUUUGUGACAGAAUGUCAGUUAUUGUAAAUACUGAAGAAGUAGUUCACUUAACGUGUCAUCAACGCGAUCCAUUCUCUGAGUAAUUGACAUUGUGUUCGGGGGGGGGAGAACAAGGAGUAACAUUUCUUCCUUGCAUUUUAAAAGAAGGCAAACGAAGGACACAGCUUUAUGGAAAAAUGAUAACAGUGAAAAACCAUUUUGUUUCAAAGAUCACUUUGUUUCGCCCAUUCUCCCUUCCCGUACACAAUUAGUUUCUGAGAAUUGUGAUUGUUUUAACCAUCACGUCUGUCUUGAAGCUACCGUGCAAAUAUAAUACUAUAAAUUCUACUAGUUCAAAUGUAUUGUAAAAACGAUGUAUAUUUUAUGUAAAAUAACACUAUAGCGUGAA